UGCUGGCGCAGACGGAUCUGAAAAUGUCAGAAUUUUAAUGGAACGUCGCUGACCAGCAAUGGGCGAUGCGGGAAUGCUCGAUUAGUGGUCACUGGUUGUUUCUGCAACAUGCAAACACACAUUGCACGUAGAAAAAUAUCCACAGAAUCAAUGAUGAAGCACGCAUUCUGAUCUUGUUGAUGAUGAUCAUGUGUACGGAAGUCAAGUUUCUUUGGCUGUGGUGUUGUGUCCUGAUAUGUACUGCGUAAGUAAAUGCAAAGUAAUGGAUGUAUUGGAUGGCAGAAAUAUAAUGCAUUAUGGAACUUCUUAUUAAAUUACGUGAGUAAAAACACAAAAUAAUCUUCAAUCAAAUGAUACUUUUAAAGAUGACUUAAAAGCGGCGUGGUGGAAAAAGAAAGUGCUAGUACAAGAUCACUGUUACAACAUAGUUAUAACAGGCCCUUGAAGUAUCUGGAAAUUAGAUGUUUUUGGAUUAUUUCUUUCUGAAUAUAAACUGAUUGAAACUUAAAAAAAUAAAAAGGAUCUACUCCUUUUGAAUAAAUUUCAUCUCGGCCGACCUGUGAAUGUUUUUGGUUAGAAAUGAGCGUGGAAUUGUGAUGGAAUCAGCAGAAGAUAUGAAGGCAGUUGAUUAAGAAGAAAUAUGAUUUUCAUACUUCUCUGGAUGUGUGUGGAAACACUUCUUGUAGUUGGAGGUCAGCGUCCCCCUCGGAUCACAGAGCACCCCUCUGACGUGCUGGUGAGGAAGCAUGAACCCGCUACCCUCAACUGCAAGGCGGAGGGGAGACCAGAGCCCACUAUCGAAUGGUACCACGAGGGCUCCAAGGUCAAGAACACCGCCAACAGGAUGGUACUUCCAAGCGGAUCCCUCUUCUUCUUGCACGUCAUUCAUACUAAGAGAGAGCAGGACACUGGAACCUAUUGGUGCCUGGCCAGCAAUGAAGUCGGAAAGGCUAGGAGCCGAAACGCCACCCUUGAAGUAGCAGUUCUUCGUGAGGAAUUUCGGUUAAGUCCAAAGCCCGUCCAGGCUGCAAUGGGCGAAUCUACAGUCCUGGAAUGUGUUCCACCGAAGGGUCACCCAGAACCAACAGUGCGGUGGAGGAAAGAUGGAGAAUAUGUCAACACCAACAAAGGCAGGUUCCGUAUUGUAAGUCCGGGAAACCUCGUCAUCAACGAUGUCCGGCAGUCGGAUGAAGGACACUACAGGUGUGUAGCUGAGAAUAUGGCAGGAAUAAGAGAGUCUACCCCAGCCAUCAUGACAGUGCAUGUAAAACCCUUCUUUGUUCGAGAGCCUGAUCACGUGACAGUAUUGGCAGACGAGGAUGUCCAAUUCGAGUGCAAGGUGGGAGGAGAUCCCCUACCCACAAUUACCUGGAGAAGGCAAGAUGGAAAAAUGCCUGUGGGAAGAGCCCAGAUCCAGGAGGAUAAAAGCCUGCUAAUAAAAGACGUGCUCCCGUCGGAUGAAGGAAUGUAUAUUUGCGAAGCAGAAAAUCCUGUGGGGAUUAUAUCGGCUUCUGUAACAUUAACUGUCCAUUCCCGUCCCAUUUUUCUCAAAACGCCUCGGGACCAGAGAGUUGGACUGAACGGAAUUGCGAAGUUCGAGUGUUCCGCUACAGGCAACCCGCCUCCCUCGGUGUUUUGGACGAAAGAGGGGAAUCAGGUGUUGAUGUUCCCCGAAAGAUCCUUCGGUCGAUUUUCUGUGACACGCGAAGGCAUGCUCAUAAUCUCCGGGGUAAUGAAAGAAGACAAAGGCUACUACACGUGUUCUGUGGUGUCCGGGGUUGGCUCUACCAUGGCCAAAGCCUAUCUGGAAGUCACAGCUGUUGGCGAUCUGCCUCCUCCUAUUAUUCUUCUGGGUCCAGCCAACCAAACGCUUCCUCUGAGUACGGAGGUGAUGCUUCCAUGCGAAGCUUCUGGAACACCUACCCCUUCCAUCAGGUGGCUCUUCAACUCUGGACCCAUUCCCUCCAACCCCCGCUACAAAGUGCUCGACUCUGGAACACUCAAGAUUGAUGCUCUUCAGUCAACAGAUUCGGGAAUUUACACGUGCACAGCUUCGAGCGAAAGUGGUGAAACUUCAUGGAGUGCCUCUUUAUCUGUUGAAUCCCCAAGAAAUCCGAAUGUGAUUUUCCAUCGUGCCCCUGAUCCCUCCACUUUUCCCAAACCUCCCGGUCAGCCAACAGCCCUAAAUGUCACAGAAACUUCGGUCACCCUUCAAUGGCAGAGAAGCACUAACAUGGGAGCAUCACCUCUCAUUGGAUACAGAGUGGAGUACUAUAGCAGCGACCUGCAGAGUGGGUGGGUGGUGACUGCCCACCACGUGGCAACCGAAUCCCACGUUGUCCACAACCUGCGUCCAGACACGCACUAUCAGUUCCUGGUGCGGGCAGAGAACUCCCAUGGGCUUUCCCUGCCAAGCCCUAGCAGCAAGGUCAUCAAGACUCUUGGACUUCCUGCCCACAUGCUUCCGGACUACGAUUUAGAAGAAGCUCGCAUUCAACUCAGCAACAUCGCCGUCGAACUGCAAGACAUAAGACCUAUUAGCUCGACGGCUGUGAAAUUGUUUUGGAAGAUUCAAGGUGCUGAGGAACACGUCGAAGGUUUCUACAUUCGAUUCCGAGAUCUGAAUUCAGGUUCGCAGAAGUACAACAUGGUGACGGUACUGAAUGGCGGUGCCUCCUCCUAUGUGCUGACGGACCUGCGCAAGUUCACCAAGUACGAGUUCUUCCUGGUGCCCUUCUACAAGAGCGUCGAAGGGCCACCAAGCAACUCGCAGAGCGCUCAGACUCUAGAGGAUGUGCCUUCUGCUCCUCCUGACAAUCUGCACGUAGAAAUCCUGAGCAAGACUAGUGCUGCUAUCUAUUGGUCAUCUCCGCCACCACAACAUAUCAACGGAGGUCUGAAAGGAUACUUGGUUCAAGUGUACGACAAUUCUUCCAAUCUUCACUCUAACGUGACCACCAACAGCACAACAACGCACAUUACAUUGAAGAACUUGACAGCCGGGGUUCUGUACAAGACCAAGGCAGAAGCAUUCACUCAGGCUGGUGUGGGGCCUUCCACUAACUUUGUUAAUAUUCUCAUUGAUCCGCAUUUGAUUGGAGGAGUGGACAGCGGUCUGUCCCGCCGGUCUUCUUCCUUGCACACGAUAGUUCAGCAACCCUGGUUCAUCGCCGUUCUAGGCAGCUUCCUGUUUCUCGUCCUGUCUGUUUUCCUGGUGGCAGUCUUCUUCAGGAGAAGGCUCGCUUGGAAGAAAGCACUUGGAGUCCAAAUAAACGUUCCCUUGCACAAGACAGAAGGUAUCAGGGGUGUCAAUUCUUGUGAGACCCUGUGGAUCAAUCAAACCCUCAACUCAUCACACGCCAGCAAUCCGAACAGCCUCAACGAUUCCAAAUUACUGGAAAAACCAGAUUCCUCCAUGGAACACAACUAUUACAGUGUAUGCGCUCCCGAUUAUGCAGAAGUAGAUACUCACAACAUGGCCACCUACUACAAGAGGGAUAUUUCUUGCGUCUUGGCACCCUACGCGACCACCACUCUCAUCAACACACCAAAACCCACAGGAGGAUCCGUGUAUGACAGCAAAAGCAGCAGCUCUGAGCUAAGUAAAAAGUCUGAUAAACCGAUGGAUCAAGUAAGACUUCCAGAUGAUGUUUUUGAGCAAUUUCUCAACAAAGGACAGCCAUGUUCGUCCGUCAAUUACUCAAAUGAUUAUGGUUAUCAAAGCAGACAAAUUAAAAAUAAGUUUAUGCCCGCAACUUCGAAAGUUAAUUGGACAGAUGUCAUUCCACCACCCCCUGAAAACCCACCUACCGAGUUGACCACAUCCCCCGGCAGGCCCAUGAAUGUGAGGAAUUUAUCUCCAGUCAAAUGUCCCUAUCAAGCACAGAGUUACCAAGGAAACUUCACUAACAAACCUAUUGGUAAUACGUCACCUUGGAGUACACUAGGACGAAAUAUAGACAACGAUGGAGCUGCAAUCGGACUGUUUGGGCUAAAGGGUCCUCAGGGCCUCUUACCCCAACGCACACUACCCCAGGGGACAGCAGGAGAGAGGGUGUUCCAGGGUUCCCUUACAUCCCUCAGAAGUGACCAGUUCCCGGGACUCAACAGGCGCAUCAGUCAAAAUGGAAUGAUCCCUGGUACAGGUUUCCCAUUUCCAUUUUUCAUGAAAUCUAGUACAAGUGGAGGAGACGUACAUCAGAUAUACGCUGGGACUGUACUGCAAGAUCCUUCCAAUCCGCCCCAAGACGGGGAGGACAUUGAACUGAAUAAUUUGUAUUCACACCGUACAAGUAUCACAGACCAGACAAGUGGUUUCAUAGCCAACAAUCCUACCCCGGAGGAGAACCACAACGUCCGAGUGUGUGGAAACGAAUACAGUAACAACUUUUUCAUAGCAGAGUACAAUGCAGGCCGAGCACAAACCACUCUUCGAAAUCGCUCUUCGAGACCACCCAGUUCGUACAGCAACGAUGGCAACAGCAGCGGCACUGUACCAUCUAGGAACUGCCAGGCAAAACAGAAAUGGAAAGACUCAGAUACGGGCGAAAAGCAGCAAAAUGAUGACAUACCUUCCUAUCAGAAGCCUGCCUUCCCUUCAUGCACAAGCAGUACUUCCCAGGGAAGUAGCAGGAGAAGAAGGGAGGGAAAAGGGGUCGUCAAUGAACUCUCGUCUCUCACACAGUUUGCCUCCCUCUCUGAAAAAUACGGAGAAUCUGCUUCUACUGAGACAACAGAUAAAGGAGAUAAUAAUGAGCAAUCAGAAGAAAAAAGAUGAAGAUGGAGGAAAAAAAACUUAAUCUGAUUUUUUUAAUGAAGAAAGAAAAUAAUGAAUAUUAAUGAAGAAAAAAAAAAUGAGAGAAGAAAAGUCGGAAAAAGAAGCUGCCUGUCCUAGUCUAUAAUUGUAUAAAAUGUGGUUCAAUGUGAUUUUUGUCGUCUUCUACAGCCGUCUACACAAGUAGGUCGUGGAACUCCUUUCUGCUCUGCAACCGUAUCCGGUUUCAGUGGUCAAGAAAAAAAAUGAUUACAUAUCCAGACUAUGUCUAGUCAGAAUUUCGUAUGCUUAAAAACAUUCCAAUUUGGGAGAUAUCAUUCUAGUAUUCAAAGGGAUUAUCCGACAUAUCAAGAAUGUAUAUUCUGUCUGCAUCAAGUAUUUAUUUUUCUGAAAUAUAUGAAAAUCUUACUAUAUAUCUCACUCUACGGUUGUGCAAUUUCUAUCUAUUCGUUUAUAUGUAACAAAGUCUGCACUAAUACAUCAUUCGUAAAUUAUGUAUAUAAAACAAAGUAAAUUUAUUUCUUAUUAAAAGAAUAUAUAAAAAGUUUUGAAAAUUGUCAUCGGUACUAUGAAAAAUCGAUUAACCUUGAGAGUAUAUUUCUCUAAAGUAAUUUAAAUAAAUGGCAAAACCUGAAUCCUUUCUUAAAACUUUUUCCAGAACGUU